AUGCAGUACUCUGGCGGUCCUGGCAGCGCGCCGCCCUUCACCUUCCCGGACCUCGGUCCAGUCGUCCAGAACACAUCAUUCCUCAGCCCGGCGGGGCACGUCGUCGACCUUUCUGCGCCAGCUUCGGAGGCCUCGGCGGCGUCAACUCCCGCCUUUGCGUCAGCAAGCGGGGUGCCCCGACGGUCCCAGGCUUCGGCUGCAGUUCCUGUAGCUUCAGUGCCAUCGUCUGGUGCUGGUGGCAGCGCCGGGGCUGCUCCGUCACCAACUCCCGCCUCUGCAGAAGCACGCGGGGUGGCGGGCGGUCUCCAGGCCGCACCUUCGGUCAUCGCGCACCAUGCUUCGGCUGCAAGCACCGGAGAGACCUCGGCUUCGAGUGCAGUGGCUCCGACGUUGCCAACUCCCGCUUUGCCGUCCGCUAGCGGGGCUUCGUCGGACCCUGCGUGUACUCAGCUGGUCCUCAGGUCCUCGCCCGACUCCAGUCCUCUGCACGAGCCUUCGUCAAAUGCUGCACACUUCUGCCGCACGGGUGACCCGCUGCCUGCAACUGCGCACGAGGCUUUGGGACUUAUUCCGCGUUCUUCUGCGCAGUGGUACGCUGUGGAAGACAUCGUCCACCACGAGGUGCAGGCUGAGGUCGAAGAGCUCCGCGAACAUUCGGAACGACGCUUCGCAAACUUCGCUCAGCUGAUGAUCGGCUUGCACCCGUACAACACAACCUUCGCUCCGUGUAACCCCAGGGUUCCACUCUUCGUCCCGCGUGGCAUGACCGUUCGAGAAGUCGCGACAGCUAUUACGGUCAACCCUGUGCUGGACUCUCGCCGUGUUACGGCCCCGUGGGUGCGUGAGUUCACUAACUUCCACGGACCUCCUUUCGGUCUGCAGGAGGACGGGCAGCCAGGUGAAGACGAAGUCUCGGAAGAGGAGGAGGUCGAGGAGCUGAUUGAAGCGAUCGAGUCUCCGGUUGCUGAAGAGUCUUCGGAAGAGGCUCGGGACGAGUCUCGCCGCGUCGUGGAUACUCAAGCGACUUCGGGUGAAGCUACACAAGCGCUAGGAGCUCAAGAUGCAGCAACGGCAACGGAGGGCUCGGCUCAAGAUCGCGUCGCGGCUUCGGAGGCCCCUCUUGAGGAGGCCCCAGCCAGCGAGACUCCGGCUGACGCACCACGUUCGCCUCCAAGUGCUGCUGAUCAAGCUGCCACGCAAGCCGAAGCUUCUCCGGCUGCGCGUCUCCGCGUUUUGGCCAAGGUUGCCUCAUCUUCGGACGCCUAA